CUGGAUGCAUAGCUAACAGCUGUCCUCUCCCUUUCCUCUGCCACAGCGUGAAUCAUGGAGAACUACCAGAAGUCCAAGACGGUGGAGAAGCCCUCCCCUCCCCCUUUCGGCAACCUGCCCCCAGACAUCAUCGAGAUGAAAGUGAAGGACGGCAGCAAGAUCCGGAACUUGAUGGGCUAUGCUAUCGGCAAAAUGGAGCUGGAUUCGGUGAGGCAGCUGCUCUUCAGCGGAGCUGGCAAAGCCAUCAGCAAGACCAUCACCUGCGUGGAGAUCAUGAAGCGGCGGCUGAAGAGCCUCCACCAGGUCACCAAGGUCUUCUUCCGGCAAACAGAGGAGAUCUGGGAGCCCAUCGUGCCCGAGGUGGGCCUUGAUCCUUUGACCGUCAAGCGCAACGUCCCUGCCAUUUGCAUCUUGCUGAGCAAAGAUCCCCUGGACACCCAGGAGCUGGGAUAUCAGGCGCCCGGGUCUUUUGAGGCCUUCUGGAUGGAAACGCUGAAAUCGGACUCCCAGGGCCAGGCGAAGAGGAAGCAGGGGGGGAGCAGAGGGGCGGGCCGAGCCGGGAAGCAGCUUCGCUCUGUCGGGUGGGAGGCAGCUUCCAAAAGGCCCUGACAGCCGGGUCAGAGCCGAAGGGAUGUGACUUAUGGUGGGAAGGCUCAAGGAGAAACACAGUUAAGGCCAAGGGGAGUCAUGUCAGUCCGAAUGUGGGAGGCGUUUCCAGGUCAGCCUACCGAAGCUUUGAGUCUUGUCACGUGGCUUUUCUGGGUUGAAGAGGCCUCGGACUGGAAAGACGCCUGAGAUUUUACGUCUGGUCUGUUGUGGACCGGUGUGCUUGAAUGUCGGUCAACGAACGCAACGAAUCCUCGUUAGAGGGCAAGACGAGAGGUUGGAUCUUCUGUAUCCUUUCUCCUAAUGGCUGCGGAAGGAAUCUGCCGUGGUGCGCAAUUUGUGGGGCAGAUCCGCAAGAUCCGACUGAAUAGAAGUAGAGAAGUACAGAUUUCUGUUCUCCUGUCUUCCGUUGUUAAGAGGGUUGCUCCUAAGACGAUGGAUUUGUCUCGACGGAGUGAGGGUCUCGCGCUUUGCUGUGUCUAAAUUCCGUUAAUACGAAGAAGCUCGAGGCAGAAUUGUGACCAGACUCUGUCAGCGGACUGAGGACUUCUGAGAUCUCUUGCUUUUGACUAAGAAGCCGCAACUUUUUCGAAAAGUUUGACAGAAAGGAUCUUCGAGGAGUGGAGUGUGGAAAUGCAAGGUGGCUGACGGGGCAGGCUUCCUGUUGCCCAAAUGGCUGUGCUGCUGUGUGUGUUUGUGAAGGGAGAACCUCGGAGUUUAAGAACAGGCUUGGAAUGCUGACGUGUUGUUAACCUUGUAGGUCCUAUAUAUUUUGGUUAAUAAAGCCAUUUUUUCCCCCUG